AUGGAGUCGGAAGAAAACAAAAGAUUUGGCGAACCCUACAUAAAUUCUGUGCCUCAAGAUGAAACAAUGAACCUACCUCAACCUUUGCCACCACCUUGGUCUACUUCUAGGAAGGAUUAUCAUGAUUUUGGGUGUACUCCAACUUCAAGUCUAAAUCAAGCUGGUUCUUACUUUUAUCCCUCCUGGUUGGCAAAUCAGACAUGGAGCAAGCCACCUCAAUAUGAUUCUCUUUAUGAUCAUAGUAGGCUCUCCAAUUACCCUAUGGCAGCUGAGGUUGGUCAGGGCGCUCCAUUAGCUUGUAAAGAUAAAAUACACGGGACUUUUGUCGAAAGCAACAUGAAUUCAAUGUACACAUUUAACAAGAGCUUACAACCUAUUAGUGAAGUAACUGAGGAAUCAAGAAAAAAUGGGAAAAGAUCUUUGAUCCCACAAACCAACUGGGAAGGACUAAAAUGGAGUGCGGCAAGUGAAAGCAUGGGAACACCAGUUAACAAUUAUUGUGGAUCUACUAAUUUUUCAUUUAAGCUGCAGAAUUUCCCUUCAACUGAGAAGCAGCAGUCCAGUAUGAUGCCUGGAAAGGGGGGAGGUGCACAUGUGACUAGUAUUGAAAACCGUAAUGCUAUUCAUGAGAAUAGAAUUACUGCAUCAGAUCAUCUUGAAGCAAUUCUAGCUAAGCUGAAUCAGAAUUUGGGUACGGACCUCAAUGCAUCCGAAGCUAAUCCUCAACUUGAAGACAAGAAGGAACAUGAAGAGCUAAGUAAAACCGUGGACCAUCUUAGUCUCAAAAACUCUCUACUCAAGAAAAAGAUCCAUGACCUUUCUCAUGAGUGUGAGGAGCUCACAAAUGAAAACAAUUCCUUACUGGAAGAACUGGUUGAGAAGUAUGGGCUAGAAACAAUAGUGAAUCUUAUGAACACAAAGCCUACGUGA